CUAUAAAACCAGACCAUCUUUAAUUGCGCGAUCACACAAGCAACCCAAGAAAGCUACACACUUGUCCCGAUUCCAUUUCAUUCUUCCCGAUCGCGAGUUAGUGUUGGUUGUCUUGAGGGGAUUCUUCUUUGUUGGAUGGCGGGGAGUAGUAGCUCGUUCGGCACGUCGUGGGCGGACCAGUGGGACUACGGGAGCGACCCCAGCCCGCGGGCCGAUCACGGCAAGAAGCAGGGCGGCGGCGUGGAGAAGACCAAGGCGGCGGCGGCGACGGGGCUGAAGAAGGUGAAGGAGGGCACGGCGCACGGCUUCCAGUGGAUCAAGGACAAGUGCCAGAAGAAGAAGCAAGGACAGGGCAGCCAGGGGUCCGGCAUAGCUGCCGGGUAUUGAUUAGUCUCUGUUCCUGACGGAUAUGGUUGGUUGUUCGAUCGAUUGGGGGAUUAUUCCUGUUCCUUGCGUCGUCUGCACAUAUAUGUAGCUCUGUUAUUGGGUUUAGGUUUACCCAUGUCCAUGUAGAUGAUCGAUCCGUUGGAUCUUUGCUUAUUGAUUGGUUCUUUGCCUCGUUUAA